GAACUGAAACGAUACAAAGUGUUUUAUCGAACGCGCCAGACAUCAGCAGCGGCCUUGAUUAGCGCAUUGGCUGGGAAGACGUCUUCGCCCACAUUUGAGACGAAUCUCCGCCGACUUUCCGCGUUCACGACGCCAUGACUCUGGACACCAUGGCGGAUGCUCAGCAGGACUUACCUCAGCCGUGGAGACAAACCCCAUUGAUCCAUUCCACGUUGCUCUCGAAGCAUGCAGGCUGUCAAAUCUAUCUAAAACUCGAAAAUCUACAACCUUCGGGAUCUUUCAAAUCUCGUGGUAUCGGCAACUUCCUCCUUGCUCAUCUUGCCAAAACAGCGAAUACAGAGGAACGCGAAGCAGUUCACUUUUAUAGCUCCAGCGGCGGAAAUGCUGGACUAGCUUGUGUGCAUGCCGCUGUCACACUUGGAACACCUGCGACUAUUAUCGUACCGAUGAGUACGACCGAGUACACGAUUGCUAAGAUGCGUGCCGCAGGUGCAGCAGAAGUCAUUCAGCACGGUGACUCCUGGGCGGAAGCCGAUGGCUUCUUAAAAGAGACUGUUAUUCCCCUGGCAAACGCAAAGGGCGAACACGCUGUUUAUGUGCCGCCUUUCGAUGCUAGCGAGAUCUGGGAUGGCCACGCUACCAUGGUGGAGGAGAUUUUUAAGCAACUUGGGCCUAGCAGUCAACCUCCAGAUGCUUUGAUUUGCAGUGUCGGCGGCGGUGGUCUUUUUUGCGGGAUCAUGCGAGGACUUGAGAAUGUCAACCAUCCCAACCUUCGAGUUCUUGCGGUCGAGACUGAAGGAGCUCAUUCACUCGCAUUAUCUCUCGAGAAAGGGAAAUUGUCUACGCUUCCCGCAAUAACCAGCAUCGCAACAACCUUAGGUGCUCGAACUGUUGCAUCUCAAGCUUUUGCCUAUGCCCAACGCAAUUCAGUUCGUAGCGUUGUGUUGUCAGAUUCUGUCGCCAAGGAAGGUUGUGUACGUUUUGCCGACGACGAGCGGAUCAUGGUAGAGGCAGCGUGUGGUGUAAGUUUGGCAUUGUGCUACAACGGCAGGCUCAAGGAGAUUUUGCCUAAUUUGCAACGGCAAAGUAAGGUAGUCAUUAUUGUUUGUGGUGGUAGCAAUAUCACUGCGAAAAUGCUGGGGGACUGGUCUGAAUCUAUGUAAGUUUUAGAAGCUUACCAUGGUGUACCUUUGAUGAGCGCAAUGCCGUGUUUAGACGAGAAGUAUAAACCUUAUGCAGCUAGACUGUGGCUCCUUCUACCCACUGUACAGUAUCACUAGUUCUACCUGUAAGGGCAAAGUCCUUCUAUCGUUGUCUUAUUUCGUGUCAUUCGACACGUGAGCAAUCUUGGAGCAUACUUCCAGAGAGGUUCAGCCUUCUUGUUCGCGCUCAAUGAACGAAACAGCCAGCAUCCACUUCCGGUACCCCCUUGAGACAAGUGGGGCCGCUCAUCUUUCUAC